AUGGCUCAUCCACAUUCCCCAGAUCAAGCGAUGUAUCCACCGGCAUACCCCCCGGGUCAGUAUCCAGUGGUAAAUCAACAACCGGCACCGUAUGCACAACAGACUACCAAUACCACUGUGGUGGUGAAUCAGCAACCAGUUGUGGUGGAAAAGGCACAACGGAAUUGGAGCUCUGGAUUGUUUGGUUGCUUUGAGGACUGUGGCUCUCGUAAGUAUUCUUUAAGCGGCACUCAAAUGAGUUAAUGUGGCGUUGAUAAUAGUUAUAACAACUUUAUUUAUUUAGCGUCAGUAUUUCUUGCUCGAAUGUACUCAUUGAGGACAAUAUUUUCACGUCUCCUAAUAGAUACGGCUCCGCCAUUUUUACCAGGGGCGUAGCCAGGAUUUUUCAAAGGGGGGGUCACAGAGGCUACUCACCAGAUUGUCAUGUCGACAUCCACGCCCAUAUUAACUAAAGACAAGAGCCGUUGACGAAAAUACUUCACAAAAAAACAAAUUUUAAAAAAGUGGGCUUUUCAACAAUGGCUUUUACGGCCAAGAUAUUGUCAUGGCGUUUUCGCUACCUGAAUAUUGUAGGUUGUUUGCUCAAAAGAAGGCCUACCAAGGGGGGGUCACGGGCACCCCAGGACCCCCCCCUAGCUACGCCCCUGUUUACGUGGUCAUCCUAGUCACGUGAAGCGGCUUAUCCGUUUCCAAACCAUAGACAAUACCUUCUUACUCAGUUUUCUAAGGACCCCAAGUAUUGGUCCGGAUCCGGAAAUCGAACCCGCGACUUCCCGCUCUGCAGACAAGCGCUCUUCCACCUGAGCUAACCCAGCCACGUUUAUUUCAUUUUGUUUGUGUUUCAAGUGUUUACGGGCCUUUGCUGUCCUUACAUGCUGCUGACCGAUGUUUCGUCCAGGAUGGGCGAAGGAUGUUGCUUUCCUUGUUGUUGCCCAGGUGCACUGUUGGGACUCAGGAUCAAGCUGAGGGUGCAGGAGAAUAUUCAGGUAUUUGACAGGCAUCAAGAGCUUAAAAAAUAACCUGGUUCUAGGGGACGAGUUUUCUUUAAGGAGCUUUGUCCCACAUCUAUGAAAAUUAAAUAAAGCCAUUUAAUAAAAAGAUGCCACCAAAAUGAAUUGAAUGAAGUAUGAAAAUAACCAAUCCAUCAAAACAGUAAAAGAACAUUUAAAAUAACACUGCAGAAAACCUUUUUUACGGCACCCACUUGUUGAGCACAGUGCAAACCUGAGAAACCAACUUAUUAAGCCCUAAAUUUUAUGUUUGAGGCUUCAAGGCGCUCUAGUGAAGUGUGUUCUCGAAGCUUAUGUGAUUAUUACAUUACGGGAGCAGUCUGAUUUAGCCACUACUGCAAAAUUGUGGCAAUAUAACUUUUCUUUAAUAUAUUUGUUAAUUAUCGCCUCGACCACACCUUUAUUCUUAAAAAGAACCUUUCACUUUGAAAGGAGGUAAUGAGGGCCAAUUUUCGUGAAGAGUUCUUUGUAAGAGAAUAAAGAAACAAUACCAAAAAGUUGCGUCUACAUGCAACUGCGAUGAUGGUCUUUCAUUUAAUUCUUCUCCCCACAUUUCUUGUAUGUGAUUUUCAUAUAAUCAUUAUUUUAAUACCAAAAACAGGAUAAUUCACCCAUGACUGACUUCAUUUCAUACAAUUGCAGGGCUCCCUUUUUGACGAUUAUUGUGCGGUUGAGUGUUGUCCGCUUUGUGUUCUCUGUCAGCUGGCCCGUGAACUUAAUCAUGUGCAACGCCGCGGUUAA